AUGUCAAAAGAUUCGAGAUACUAUUUAAAUAUACUGGAAGAUGGCAAAGAUAGAGAAUUUAAUUUUUACUCAUUCAAUUCAUUUACUAAUCAAAUUUUAAUUGGAACCGGAGGUUUUGGAAAUGUAUAUCGAGCGAAUUAUAAAGAUGCAAAUAUGUUAGUCGCUUUGAAAUCAUAUGAAGCUAGCUCUAAUCUCAAAGAAAUUGUGAACGAGGUAAGGAUUCAGAAAGCUGUUGAUAUACAUGAUAAUAUUCUUCGAUUUUUAGGUGUAACUAAACAAGAACAAGAAGAAAUUUGUUUCAGCGGUAUAAGGGAAAAAGUUGUUGAAGGAACUCCAAUCAGAUAUUGGGAAAUUUAUCAAGAGUGCUGGCAAAAUGAUCCUGAUAUUCGACCAACAAUGAGUCAAAUAUUUGAUAAACUGAAGAAAAUUAAUUUAAAUUCUCCAGUUUUUCAAAUUACAAGUAGUAAUAAUUCAGUUGUUUCUUUACACUACGCAGAUUCGAUGGAUAUUGAACUUUGCAUUAAAGACUUUUUUACCAACAUCAUUGAACAAAAUCAUGAUAUUUCACUACAAUAUGAAGUCGACUUCUUCAAUUCUCAAGCAAAAGAUUUGUGGAAUAUUCUUGUCAAGUUAACAAAUAUUGGAAAAGAGUUUACUCAAAUUUCAAAAGAAAUAAAUGAACAUUAUAUGCAUAGACCAAGAAUUAUUAAAAGUAUAUUUGAAUGGCUAAAACAUUAUAACGAAAAUAUGAAUCCUGAUUCGAAUUCGAAUUUACAAUGUCUUCUUGGAUUUUUUCACUUUAUGGGAAUUAGUACAAGAAAGGAUCAAGAGCUUGCCUUCAAUUUAUUUAAUGGUGCCGCAAUAAAUAAUCCGAUUGCCGUUUUUUAUCUUGCUGAAUGCUUUAGAUGUGGAUACGGCGUCAAUAAAGAUCCAGCAAAAGCUAUUGAGUG